UGACAUUUGUUAUCAACGACGAGUAUCAAAGUUCAUCCAACACUUUUGGAACAGCCACUUUGUUGAAGUUGCUUUUGUGAAAGGCAAAGUUUUAUUGACUCUCGUCAAACUUCAAUUUUAAAAUGGCUUCGGUUGGUUCACUAACUCGUGUUUUGCUAGGGAAAAAUGUUGUCAACACUAGCCGUGUGGCGACGCUCUCAAAUACCGGUUUGGUUAAGUUCUACAGUGCUGCCCCGUCAUACGAAAACAUCAAGACUGAAGUAGUUGGUGCCAAGAAAAAUGUAGGCAUCGUCCAGCUGUACAGGCCCAAGGCCCUCAACGCACUCUGCAAGCCCCUUUUCCAGGAACUGGGUCAAGCCGUCAAGGCCUUCGAUGCUGAUGACUCAAUCUCGGCCAUUAUUAUCACAGGUAAUGAGAAAGCUUUUGCUGCUGGUGCUGACAUCAAAGAGAUGCAAAAUAACACAUACAGCUCAAACCAGAAAGCAGGGUUCCUGCAAGAGUGGGAAGACAUCAGCAACUGUGGCAAGCCAAUCAUUGCUGCCGUCAAUGGUUUCGCUCUUGGUGGAGGUUGCGAGCUCGCCAUGCUCUGUGACAUCAUCUACGCCGGCGAGAAGGCCAAGUUUGGCCAGCCUGAGAUCAACAUCGGAACCAUUCCCGGAGCUGGAGGCACCCAGCGUCUGCCAAGAUACGUCGGCAAGUCUAAGGCUAUGGAGAUCGUUUUGACUGGCAACUUCAUCGACGCCCAUGAAGCUGAGAAAAUGGGAUUGGUGAGCCGCGUGUUCCCAGUGGACAAACUGUUAGAGGAAACAAUCAAACUCGCUGAGAGGAUCGGAACGCACUCGCCUCUGAUCGUAAAGAUGGCGAAACAAGCCGUCAACCAGGCCUAUGAGACCAACCUCAAGGCUGGUCUUCAAUAUGAAAAGUCUAUCUUCUAUGGCACCUUCGCUACUGCUGAUCGCAAGGAAGGUAUGACUGCAUUUAUCGAAAAGAGAGCGCCCAACUUCAAGAACGAAUAAAUGGUACAUUAUAUAAAUUUUAUUAUAUUUUUUGUGCUGCAUAGAUUUAAGCAAAAGUGCAAUCAGGUUUGUCCCACUUUUAUAUUGUUAAAAAAAAUGUUAUACAGAAUGAAAGUUUAUUUUCGAAA